AUGUGUCUUGGAGACGUGGGUCAGAACAUCAGUCAGCAACAUGUAGGUUAUGGCAGCAUGCUGGAAUCCUGGCAUAGUGAAAGCAGUGAUAUGAUCACCAGUAUUGAAGAAUCUGAAAAAGAGAUGAAACUGGAUCAAAGUCGCACUCGUCUGAGUGCCUCUCAACCGUGGUAUCAUGGCGUCCUCACAGAAGAGGAUUUUGAACUGGUUGAUCAACAUCGAGCCAUGUUUUUACGUCAGCUAAGAGAGUUAUCGAGUAAGAAACAACGUAUAUUAAAAGAUAGAAGUAUAUCAGAAGAUCAGAAGAAUAUUAUGUUAGAAGAACUCAUGUUACCAGGAACAGCUGAUCAUCCUCUACCAGUUAGACUAGAAGAUUUAGGAUUGACAUUCCAGUUUAAUCCUUCAUCUAAAGUUUUUGGCUUUACAUCACAUGAUCUCAAGAUAAAUGGUGAAAAUGAGGAGGUAACAUUAGAUAAUUUAGAAGAAUAUAUAGAUCUAGUCACUGAUUUCUGUCUCACAUCAGGUAUCAGACGACAAAUGGAAGCAUUUAGAGCUGGAUUUGAUGUUGUGUUACCAAUAGCUAAACUACAUGCGUUUAGUGCCAGUGAAUUAGGUACUAUGUUAUGUGGUGAUCAAUCACCUAGUUGGAGUAAAGAAGACAUCUUGACUUAUACUGAUCCUAAAUUAGGUUAUACCAGAGAGAGUCCUGGCUUCCAGAGAUUGGUGAACGUACUUGUGUCGCUAUCACCAGAUCAACGAAAAUCAUUCUUACAAUUUGCUACUGGAUGUUCUUCACUACCACCAGGAGGUCUAGCUAACCUUCACCCCAGAUUAACUGUGGUCAGAAAGGUGGAUGGUAAUGAUAGCAGUUAUCCAUCAGUUAAUACUUGUGUUCAUUAUUUAAAAUUGCCAGAAUAUUCCUCAGAAGAAAUUCUAAGAGAACGUCUGUUAGCUGCUACUAAGGAGAAAGGAUUCCAUUUAAAUUGA